UGGUAACUAUAGUUUGCGGACUUAUUUUAACCCAAAAAAGACGUAACCAAAAAUCAAAGCAUUAGAUUAAGAACUGGAUCGCGAGCAAGGAUUAUAUUUGUUGCAUGGCAACAUGGAGAAUAUAUGGAUAUAACGGAAUGGCUGAAACAUCAGAGGAGCUUAAAGUAGAAGAAAGCAUUUCCUGCAUAUUCGUUAUUAGAAAAUCAGAUGGCAGUUGUCCCUUUUUCCCCCAACUGACCGCGAAAGCUUAACGUAUGGAAUGCGCUUCUCAAGCAGACGUACUCUGCAAUACCCCCGCCCCACGGGGCCGGGGCGGUUGUGCGCAUGCGCGGGGCCGGGAAUGAUGUGCGCAUGCGCGGGGAUCGGGCGGUUGUGCGCAUGCGUGGGAUUCGGGCGGCAGUGCGCAUGCGCGGGGCUGGGAUGGAUGUGCGCAUGCGCGGGGUUGGGGCGGAUGUGGGGUAUGACAACUUCUGGUGGCUAUAGCUUUAGCUUUAAAAGGCUAGGAAAAUGGCUCAGUCUGUUUUUGUUCAGUCCCUGGUUUUUCAUGUGGGGCAAGAAAACAGUCUUAUCUGUCAUAUCAUGCGUUCCCUACGGACCCGGACCAACGGAGGAGUGGAUCCAGGCGAUCCGAAGAGACGAAGGUCCGGACUUUUGCAUAAAGACGGGGAGCACUUUCGUAUGUAGCCGCCACUUCACACCGGAGGAUUUUGUUAGCGGAUCCACCAUCAGCCGCCUUAAAAGUGGAACUGUUCCUUCCCUGUUUGCCUGGAAUAACUUCACUGCACCGGCAAUGAGAGAGUCUGCUUUCGAGAGGGCUAAGAAAUGGCAGUGUGUCCUCUCUCAGAAAGCUAGCCAGGCUGAAGAUGCUACUGCGGACCAUGACUACACGACACAUCCACCCGCAGGUGCACUUGAUGAAGCUCUGGAUUAUAUUAAGGAGUUGGAGGUCAGACUUCAAAAAGUGGAUUUGUCUGCCACACUUUUUAGCCGCUACUGUGCCUCUGAUGACCAGAUCCGGUUGAGAAAGCUUUUUCAGGGAGACCAACUAGUAAAAAACAUGCUGCAUUGUUGUAAAAAUGAUCAUGAGAAACUGCGUACAGCGCUGACUGUGCAGUUCCAGCUGGCCCACAUAUUCACAACCUUCUGCCGAGUCAUCCAGACACACACACACACACUCCUCCACUCAGAGACGACUGCUCCAGGUCUGCCUUUUAUCCUCGUCCUCUGCCCGAUCAAAUCUGAGAUGUCGGACUCGGUGAAAGACAAACCGGUAAACCCUGAAAGCCCCCUCAGGUCAGACAGAAUCCAUGUUAUCCUUAGAAGCAUGUCGGAGAGCAGAGCGUUCACCAUCAGAGGAGACUGCACCGUCACACAGCUGAAACUGUGUCUGUCAGAGCGGCUGCGUGUCCCAGCAGAGCAGCUGGUGCUGACCCACUCCGGGCGGGUUCUCAGAGAGUCAGAACUCAUGAGUCACCUUAAAGAACAGAAGGGAUCGAUCAGCCUCUGCAUGAUUCGAAGGCCUGAACCUUCAUUUGCUCGGACCUCCAGUGAUUCAGUUUCAGAACUUGUUGAGUCAGAGCUAAAAGCUGUUCCUGACCCAGAGCCCAACCAAACACCUACUCCCACCUCGCCACUCUGCUCAGCUGAGGGUUUGGACAGUCUUGGCUCGGAAAACAGCAGAUCCAUCUUUCUUACUGCCACCUGGAGUAAAAUGGAGAGCCAGUUACCGAGUGACCUAGAACUGAUGCACUUUGUUCUGCCCAGCCCACUGGUGCACAACGCCCUCUGCACCUCCAGCCCUCAGGUAACAGGACAAGGCUCUCUGUCUAAUCCUCAAAUUCAGCAGCUGCUGACAACAAACUCUGAGGUGGAGGACAUUUUGAACAACCCAGAUGCCAUAGAGCAGGUGUGUGUGUUUGAGGUGCAAAAACUCACCAGGGAGCCUGAAAUGACAGAAGAGGUGACACAAAAAGAAGACGGAGCUUUAGAAAACGAGUCCAUGGUGCAGGAUAACCCUGCAAAUGCUGCUCUGCAUGUCCUUCAGACAAAUGAUGCAAAAAUGCAGCAACAGGAUCUUAAACAGACUCAGGAAGCAAUGUUUCCAUUAUUCACUACAUCAUAUGAGGGUCACCAGGGACCAGGAGGACAAACCAGCCCAACAUCACCUCCGUCCACUGACUCCACAGAUUCCCUCAGAGAGCUGACUGCUUCUCCCAGAACCGGUUCCCCUAAUGCAGGUCUGCAGUCGCUCCUGCAGGAGAUCACAGCCAGUCCAGGUCUGAUGGAGACCCUGCUCUCUGGGCCGCACAUCAACUCUGUUCUGAACUGCCUCAGCCAGAACCCGGACUUUGCUACACAGAUGCUGCUGAGCCAUCCCUUGCUCUCAGAAAAUGUUCAGCUGCAGGAGCACAUAAGGCAGCACAUUCCUCUCUUUUUGCAGCAGAUGCAAAGUGGAGAGCUGCUGUCCAUGAUGCUGAACCCCAGAGCCAUGGAGGCUUUGUUACAGAUCCAACAGGGGCUGCAGACUCUGGCUAUAGAGGCUCCCUCCCUCAUGGCUGAACCUGGAACCAGUGCUGGUUCUGGUCUUGCUGGUUCUCCUCAGCACCCAUCUGAUCCUAACUUGAACAACCAAGAUGAGCCACUGACAGAGCAGCAGCAGUUUGUACAUCAGAUGUUAAAGGCACUGGCUAACACCAGCAAUGGGGUCCGUCGUGAGGAAGAGGAGGAUUUCCAGGAGGAGCUGCAGCAGCUGAACUCGAUGGGCUUCAGAGACAGAAAGGCAAACCUUCAGGCCCUCAUCAGCUCAGGAGGAGACCUGUCCUCUGCUCUACACCUGCUCAGUCCUUAACAAUUAAUUAUCAGUUAUUAACAAGUGAAUUACAAAAAAAGAAAUAAUUUAAUUGUAAGCCAUACACAGGGUGUCAUCUACUAUCUAUGUAGUGAUAAAUCACUGGUAGAAACACAAAUCCACCAACGCAAUCGAGUAACAGUGCAGAUGUAGAUUACAGGCGCUAACUAAACAGAACUCACAGGAGAAAAUAACAAAACGUAUCUGUAUUUCACUGAAUUAUGGCAGGGAUCUACACCACAUAUUCAUAUUUUAGUAAACAAACUGAGUGUUUGAUAGGAACCAGAUGAAUUAUUCAACAGAAAAAUAGGAGUUUGUAGUGGAGAAAGAAAAAAAGGCUUUCAUUUUGUCUGCUCUGCUACUUCAGUUCUACUCUACAUGCAGUAGAUUCAUAACAUCAACAUCAAUAUUUAAAAGCAGGUGAUUUAUUAUGAAUGUCUGGCACAUAGUGGUGCCUCUUUGCUUUGUUACCUCCUGGUCACCAUCUCACACCCAGACAGAUGUCCUGUAUGUUCCCACAAGCUUCACAGUCCAACAGAUUAAACCUCAAACACAACAAGUGUGUGUCCCGACACACGCAGGUUGUUCAUGUAUGUUAAUCACAGACUAAAGCAGGUGUACAUAUCUAAACAUUCAGGUUCUUAACAAACGUUCACAUGUUGACAAUUAGCUAUUUUUAUUUCAAUAGAAUCAAAGAUAUUUAAUUGCACUUAAUAAAGAUGAACAUAGUUUUCCUCUUUAAGCAAAAAACUAACUUGUUUUCUAGCUGAGAAAAAAGUUAGGACACCGUAACAGUCUGACGUGUUUUAGCUGUAAUGACUCCUGUGAGGUUCUUUGAACCUUUGCUCCACUUUCGGUGCCGCUCUGAGGGCCAACCUGUUUGGAUGGCCAGUCCUGAACAUGUCACAGGUUCAUUUUAAUGUCCUGCACUUGCUGACUACCUUCUACACACCGAAAUUUCUAAUGUCUAAUUAUUUUGAGACUUUUUAAAAAUCUGUGUGCAAGACUCUCAAGCUGAUGAGUAAUGAUCUCUUGUGUGCACCGGAUGUGAGGUGUCCUUUAUUCUACACCCAAACUUUAAUUUAUUUUUACAUAUUUAUUUCAAUGUUGUUAAAAUUAUAUAUUUAUUGAAAUUAAAUGCCCAUAUAUCUUCCAAAUAAUC